UUACAAAAUUAAUUAACAAAAUUUACGACUCUCGUUUCUCUCUCACUCUCCCUCUUCCAUGGAAGACGCGAUUCCAGCAACGGAACAGCCAGCAUCAGAAUCAACCGCGGAGCCGAACCACGUGCUAGUCCCGCCGGGGCUGACGCCGGAGGAGUUCGAGGAUCUCAAACCCGCGGUGGCGGAAUUCCACAAUUACAGGGUCAACGCCGGCCAGUGCUCCUCCAUACUCGCGCAGCGCGUCCACGCGCCGCCGCAGCACGUCUGGUCCAUCCUCCGCCACUUCGACAAGCCGCAGACCUACAAGCACUUCAUCAAGAGCUGCACCGUGGGCGACGGCUUCGUCGUCCGCGUCGGCGAGCUGCGCGACGUCAGCGUCGUAUCGGGGCUGCCGGCGGCCACCAGCACCGAGCGCCUCGACAUCCUCGACGACGAGCGGCGCGUCACCGGCUUCAGCAUCGUCGGCGGCGAUCACCGCCUCAGGAAUUACCGAUCCGUGACGUCCGUGCACGAGCUCCGCGGCGCGAUCUCCACCGUCGUGCUGGAGUCGUACGCGGUGGACGUGCCGGAGGGGAACACGGAGGAGGACACGCGACUCUUCGCCGACACCGUCGUGAAGCUCAAUCUGCAGAAGCUCGCCUCCGUCGCCGAAGCUAGGGCUACGAUCGAUUGAAUUUACAGGUAAAUCAAUUCCUAUCUACGGUCGAUUUGCACACAAUUCUGCAAUUCCACUUCUGGAAAUAAGAUUCCGAGAAAAAAUGAGGGGUUUCUUUAUUCUCAAUUUCAAUUGAACUCUUUGUAUUGUUGUUUGAGUGUUGUGUGAAUUUUGAUUUAUGGUGGAUAUUGAUCAAUAAUUGGGAAUAAUAUUGGGAAGAAUAUUUGUAAUUGUAAAUUAGAAUAUUGGCGAUUGUGGAGUAAUUGAGAUCUGAGAAUUUGACGUCAAUCAAUUUAUUCUUAUUCGAUUGGUAA